GCAACUCUUCAUCCAUCCGCAUCGACGGCCGGCUGCAUAUCGACGCAAGGCAUGUCUGCGGUGGCUGCGAGAUGGAUGAGGCCGCUGGCCUCGGCGACGUCAACGGCGACGGCCCCACGCGCGGCCGGCUCGCUCGUCCCGCACCGCGUGCGGCAUCGCUUCUACUCGGCAUCGGCGGCGCAGGGCUCCUCGCUGCCCCUCGAGGGCUAUCGGGUGCUGGACAUGACCCGCGUUCUGGCCGGUCCAUACUGCACUCAGAUCUUGGGCGACUUGGGCGCCGAGGUGAUCAAGAUUGAGCACCCUGUCCGCGGCGACGACACCCGGGCGUGGGGCCCUCCUUAUGCCACUUACAAGCCCGAGUCGGGCGCCAAGGGCCCCGGUGAGGCUGCUUAUUUCCUAGGGGCCAAUCGCAACAAAAAGUCCCUUGGUCUCUCAUUCCAGCACAAGGCAGGCGUUGAGAUCCUUCACAAGCUAGUCGCAAAAUGCGACAUUCUCGUUGAGAACUACCUCCCCGGCACCCUCAAGAGGUAUUCCAUGGACUAUGAGACGCUUCGCAAGAUCAACCCGGCUCUCAUCUACGCAUCCAUCACCGGCUACGGCCAGACCGGGCCCUACUCUAACCGCGCCGGCUACGACGUCAUGGUCGAGGCCGAGUUCGGCCUGAUGCACAUCACCGGCUCCCGCGACGGACCCCCCGUCAAGGUCGGCGUCGCCGUCACGGAUCUCACCACCGGUCUCUACACGAGCAACAGCAUCAUGGCCGCGCUGCUCGGGCGUGCCAAGACGGGCCGGGGCCAGCACAUCGACGUCGCCCUGAGCGACUGUCAGACCGCAACCCUGGCCAACAUUGCCAGCAGCUGCCUCAUAAGCGGCAAGCGGGACUCGGGCCGAUGGGGGACCGCCCACCCAUCCAUCGUCCCGUACCGGUCCUUCAAGACCAAGGAUGGCGACAUUCUAUUUGGAGGCGGCAACGACCGCCUCUUCGGCAUUCUCUGCGACGGCUUCCACAAGCCCGAGUGGAAAGAUGAUGUCAAGUUCAAGACCAACGCAGACCGGGUCGCCAACCGCGUUGAGCUCGAGGCCGCCAUCGAGGCCAUCUCCCAGACCAAGACGACCCAGGAAUGGCUCGACGUGUUUGAGGGCAGCGGCAUGCCCUACGCGGCCGUCAACGACGUCCAGGACACCCUCAACCACGCGCACACCCGGGCCCGCAACAUGGUCGUCGAGAUGGACCAUGAGGCGUGUGGGCCCAUCAAGAUGGUCAACACACCCGUCAAAUUCUCCGAAAGCCAGCCCUCCAUCCGCUCGGUGCCUCCCAUGCUCGGGCAGCACACCAACGAGGUCUUGGGUGAGCACCUGGGAAUGAGCGAGUCCGACAUUGCGGCGCUCAAGGAGCAGGGUGUCGUCAGCUAGGCAUAUAGAACGGGCUUCAACUAGAC